ACCCACUGGCGGUGUGGUCUCCCGGUUCCCGGACUAACCACAGCUGCCUGCCAGCCGCGCAGUUGCAGCGACCCGCCAAGACUUUCUCCCACCUUCUCCGGGGUGGUCAUUAAGCCGCUGGGAAGACGACACCAACAAGCGGGUCGCCUGGUCCAGUACACCUUACAGGGAAAUCUCUUCGUUCCAAUGGAAGCGGACGGUUUCGUGUCCCGGCGAACGUCCGUGGAUACGCCAGGCGUCGACAGCCGGGUCACGGGCGCUGCAGCCGGGGCAGAGCUGCGGAUGCUGGGCGGAAGGCUCCUGGAGGCCACGGGGGGGUUCGUUGGUUCUUUUUCACCAAGAAUGUCGGGGGAGCACGACUUUGUCCCGAUGCUGCAUCGGGCAACGCCAGAGACCUCGACCUCUGUGGAGCCAGAAAUAGACUAUGAAGGACUGCCUCAAGGAUCAGCCACCAGCACACACAUGUUGGCAGGAUCCGUGGCUGGCAUCAUGGAGCACUGCCUUAUGUACCCCAUCGACUGUGUCAAGACUCGCAUGCAGAGCCUACAGCCCGAGCCAGGAGCGCGCUACAGGAACGUGAUGGACGCCUUGCGGCAGAUCGUACGAACUGAAGGUGUGUGGCGACCAAUCAGAGGCGUGAACGUGCUGGCGGUGGGGGCGGGACCUGCACAUGCUCUCUACUUCGCGUGCUACGAGAAGAUCAAGUUCUCGCUCAGUGACGCUAUUCAUCCUGGCACGAACAGCCACUUUGCAAACGGAGUGGCAGGCUGCAUGGCCACAGUGCUGCACGACGCCAUCAUGAACCCAGCUGAAGUUGUGAAACAGCGUAUGCAGAUGUUCAACUCGCCGUACCGCGGCGUGUUGGACUGUGUGGGCUCUUUGCUGAGACGUGAAGGCCCCGCCGCCUUCUACCGCAGCUACACCACCCAGCUGACCAUGAACGUGCCCUUCCAAGCGCUCCACUUCAUGACCUACGAGUACCUCCAGGAGCUCCUCAACCCUCACAGACAGUACAACCCUUCCUCUCACGUUGUGUCCGGCGCCCUGGCUGGAGCUGUGGCCGCCGCCGCCACGACUCCGCUCGACGUCUGCAAGACCCUCCUCAACACGCAGGAGGCUCAGGCUAUUCACGUGAUCCAAGCAGAGGCGGCGACGGCAGGCGGAGCGGUCGGAGCCGCCGCCUCGGCCUCUGGCAGCCGACACAUUUCUGGCCUGGGCGAGGCUUUUCGGACGGUGUACAGGAUGGGAGGCAUGCCGGCCUUUUUUAAAGGCGUCCAAGCCCGCGUCAUCUACCAGAUGCCCUCCACCGCCAUCAGCUGGUCCGUCUACGAGUUCUUCAAAUACAUCAUCACCAAGCGGCAGCACGAGAGACGGCUGCGUGGAGAUCGAGACGGAGACAAAUAAACACCUGGCAAAUCAAAGGUUUAUCUCUCCAUGCUGAUCAGUGGAGUCGGUAUUGAUUUCUAAACAUCCGAAGGAAUUAAAAGCUCUUAGAUUAUCUGAGCAACAAGUAAGCUUAUAUCUUGUUUACUGAAUUAUAAUGGUAUCUGAUCUAGUUCAGUGCAGGUGAGGACAGAUAGAGGUGAGGCAGGGCUUUCAUUAGUGCAUCAGUACACGUGCAGAAGAAGAAGGCCUCGAAGUGGCAGGAAGUUCUGGUUCUGACUGUUCAUUAUCGUGUCCAACUUGACAAACUCCUCUCACUGGUUUUCUAGGAGAAACACUGUGGAGGCAUAGCGAAGUUUGAAUUUGUCCCUAUGAAUAAGAAGUGCUCACUUCCUCUCUACCUGGUGCAGUUGGUAAGAAUAACUGAAUGUCUGAUUUAAAUCCCGCACAUUGGAUUAAAAAAAUCAAAGGUAAAAGUGUGUCAGAGCUUUAGUUUUAGGACCUUUACGUUCACUUCCAAUGAAUUUAUUGUAGUAGUUUUGUGCAUAUUGUCUAAAUUAAUUUAAAAAGAAAAAAAUGUCACAAUGAAAAGACUGGGAGACCCUUAAACCUCAUGGUUACAAAUUAAUGUAUUUAAACCAAAACAAAACUGCACGUUAACCUCCCCUUUCUGACCACAAGGGGGCGCACUGGACAACCACUAUGCUAAUUCUGUUGUGCUAUUUGCAGAUGCUGAAAUAUUACAGAGGAACACAUUUUAAUUGGAUAUUUUUCACAAUGUACUUGCCACUCAGCAAAGAGUAAAAGAGUGUUUAUUUUAAGUGGACUAAGGAACUCCCUGACGUUGGAUCCCAGCCUGUCGGGUAUUUUCUCAAUUUCAAGAGACAGAUUUAGUUAGGAAAUACUCAAGUAUUCAGCACUUGAGUUGAACGGGUAUGAGUGUGUGUGUGUGAGAGGGAGAGCAGAGCUGACUGGAUUUGAUCUCAGCAUGGCUUCUCUGUGCUUUUCACUGCUUAACAUUAAUUACUGAAGAUUAGGGUCAAAUAAAAGUGAGGGAGAGUUCUUGAAAUGACCGUAGGAAGAGAGGUUUUGUGUUGCAAGAGCAUCUUCCACAAGCACUAGUGUUCAAAAGUUUGGGGUCACUUAGAAAUGUCCUUAUUUUUGAAAGAACGACGUUAACAUUAAAUGAAUGAUAAAUCCAGUCUAGACAUUGUUAAUGUGGUAAAUGACUAUUCUAGCUGGACACAGCAGAUUUUUAGUGGAAUAUCUCCUUAAAGAGGAACAUUUCCAGCAACCAUCACUCCUGUGUUCUAAUGCUACAUUGUGUUAGCUUAAAAAGCUCAUUAGAAAACCCUUGUGCUCUUAUGUUAGCACAUGAAUCAAAGUGUGAAAUUGUCUGGAUGACCCCAAACUUUUGAACAGUCGUGUACAUGUUUUUGACUUUUCCAUUGGAGCCAUUAGAGGAUUCGUUACUGAUGAGCUCAUAGAUGGUUCUGGCAGAUUUCAAAUUUAUUUUCAGAAAUGUAUCCAUCAAAUGGAAGUUGUUAGAAGCUCAGUGCAACAGAAUAUUGAACAGAUUAAUAAAAUCCAUUGAACUGGAAAAGGUUCUACAGUACUUCAUACUAGAGCUGUUCAUAAACUGAGGAGUGUAGUCCGUGCAUAUUGAAAGUUGUGAAUAAAAAUUAUUUUUCUGAUUUUCUUUUUUUUUUUUAAAUCGCACAGCAUUCUCGCACUUAAAAACUUUUAUAUUUAGGAGAGAAUUAAGGUUGAAGAGAGACUGCUUCUAAACAUGCCUUCAGUUAGCAGCACACAGUUAGAUCCUCAGUGAGAUGCAACGUGUUUGAAGCCAUAAAACGGAGAGAUUGCAUAUAUGUAUAAAUCUGUGCAAAUAUAAUCUCUAACCAGCUGAGUUUUGAGGCUCCUAUGUUCAGUGACAUAAAUAUGACAUUGUACAAGUUUUCUUAAGACUAUGCUGUAAAAAAAUGCAAGUUUUUUUCAACGCACAAAUUCCUCAUGUGGAAAGUAGCAAAAAGGAAAACCUGGAUUAUUUUCAAAUCAAACAGCCCAUAUAUGUGUGUGUGUGUGUGUGUGUGUAGGAGGAAUAAAUGGAUAAAGAGUAUUUAAAAAUGAUUGUAGGAGUGUUCCUCGUGUGAAGCGUGAAGUUUCAAAAUUGGGAAACCAAAGAUGAAGAGCAAUAGAGAGUGAGAGCAGGAGAGGAAGCAGUGGUUUGUCAGACACUAAUGUGAAAUGCUUGAACGCUGUUUGAAGGCGACACCUGUAUUUUGUGAAUUGUAAAUAAACUUGCUAAGGCAGCUCCUCGCAGAAGCAGGGUCUUCUCUUGGUGCUGGCUCUCCAAGCGCUGAGAGACUAUGAA